AUGGGCUGCUGUGGCUGCUCUGGAGGCUGCGGCUCCGGCUGUGGGGGCUGUGGCUCCAGUUGUGGGGGCUGUGGUUCCAGUUGUGGGGGCUGUGGCUCUGGCUGUGGGGGCUGUGGCUCUGGCUGUGGGGGCUGUGGCUCCAGCUGCUGUGUGCCCGUCUGCUGCUGCAAGCCCGUGUGCUGCUGUGUGCCAGCCUGUUCUUGCUCCAGCUGUGGCUCCUGUGGAGGCUCCAAGGGGAGCUGUGGCUCCUGUGGGGGUUCCAAGGGGGGCUGUGGCUCUUGUGGAGGUUCCAAGGGGGGCUGUGGCUCCUGUGGAGGCUCCAAGGGGGGCUGUGGCUCCUGUGGGGGCUCCAAGGGGGGCCGUGGCUCUUGUGGAGGUUCCAAGGGGGGCUGUGGCUCCUGUGGGGGCUCCAAAGGGGUCUGUGGCCCUUCUGCCUGCUCCCAGUGCAGCUGCUGUAAACCCUGCUGCUCCUCCUCAGGCUGUGGGUCAUCCUGCUGCCAGUCCAGUUGCUGCAAACCCUGCUACUGUUCCUCAGGCUCUGGGUCAUCCUGCUGUCAGUCCAGCUGCUGCAAACCCUGCUGCUGUCAGUCCAGCUGCUGCAAGCCCUGCUGCUGUCAGUCCAGUUGCUGCAAGCCCUGUUACUGCUCCUCAGGCUGUGGGUCAUCCUGCUGCCAGUCCACCUGCUGCAAGCCCUGCUGUUCCCAGUCUAGCUGCUGUGUCCCCGUGUGCUGCCAGUGCAAGAUCUGAGGCUCUGGACUCAGGCCUCAUCUAGAGCAGCUGGCCAUGAGCAUCCCACCUGCAACAAGGUGUGCGUUUAAGAGGCUUCCUUGGAGUGGCUUUGCAUGUCCAAAGCUCUGCUUUAUCUUAAAUGGAAACUAAUAAAAAUACCGUGCUGACAA